UGCUGACUUGUGUACACUGUUGUGUAUGUUUGAAAUAAACAACUUGUUUAUGCCUCUAUGGUGAGGUCAAGUAAACCUGAAUAUUUACAACUUAACCAAACAGAAAGCUUUAGCCUUCUGCUCCAUGUUUUACGCACACUGUUGCGUGAUGUUGCUAUAUAACUUUUCAAACUUUACGUUUUGAACGAAGCUCGAGGAAUGGGUCAGAUAAAGCUAUCCAAGACUAAAUUAAGAAGCAUCCUACCAUGGCUGGAGCAGCAGUUUCCAAACAGCUUGCCGGUUUACCACAUCGCAUGCAAUAUUUUGGAGAACCGUUUCUCAUACCCGAAAAUGGAAUUCAUCGUCGAUAAAAUGCAGACACCGUCGGUCUGCGUCUGCAAACCUGUGCGUAGCAAAACGACCCGCGAUUAUAUCCCGGAGUUCAAUGACCACCUGCUGAUAUUUAUACAUUCCAACCAAUCCGAGCAAUGCCGGGUUUUCUGGGCCAUGCAGUGGAAUGUGCCGGAACUUUUUAACUGGGGCAAGGAUAUGACGUUUAUCGACGUGGAUCCGACUGUUGCACAAAUACUGUUGUCAGUGGAAGAUCGUGAUUUUAAACAUAUACCUCCAGCAGAAGGGUGUCCAACAGGAGAACGUGUGUUUAAUUUCAACCUGAGCCGUUGCGAAAUCCAUCGGUAUCCGAUGCGCGAUGACCUGAAACUGGGAAUCCUAACAGCUGAGGACGCCGAACAGAUCGUCCAAGAAUGCCAUUACGCUAACCCAUCAUGGAUAAAGGUCUUCCAGUACAUGCUGUCGCAUGAAUUUCCCAGCGUGACGUUGUACGACGACAAGGAUAAGCCCAUAAGCCCGCGUACUGCAUGUACAUGUUGCACGGCUGCGUCGGGGCUGGGGGUAAAACGUGGCAUUGGCACCUGCCAGUGGCACUGCCAAUGGCAUGGCGAGCGAUAAAACCUGGAGACUCUGGCAACUGGCAAGCAAUAAAACCUGGCAGAUGCCGCAUAAAAUGUGGCAACUAAUAAGUUUUUGGUC